UUAUUUUUCGUUGUCGCCAAUAAGAUUGAACUACAUUCAUAAACCAAUAAGCACAGACGCAACAUAAACUGAACAACGUGGUGCAUUUCAUAAGAUUUGUGUUUUUUGGAUAAUCGGGAACGCGAAUUGAAAUGUAUAAAUCCGAAAUUCAGACACUACGGUGUCAAAAGACACAUUAAACAGUAAACUUUUUUUGUUGAAAAUCUUCUUCAAAAUAGACGAAAUCGAUCAAAAUACGACAAAUAAUUGUGAAGCCAUAAAUAUUGCACAAAACCAUCCAUCGGAAGUUCAAAACACAUUCCCGGAGCUACAAAACGAAGACGAAACGAUGGCUGAGCAUACACCGCAAGACAUGAAUUCGUCAACAAUGGCAAAUGACCCAUCUGCUUUUAAUAAUGACGAAAAAAACGUGUUACCAUCGGCAAUGUGCCCAGUCACCGAUGAUUCUGUUGAACCGUUUACAACAUCGCUUGUCACCGAAACUUCGCAUGACGACCCACAAAAAACAAUCGAUGCAUUCAGACGAAAUUAUGCAAAGCUACUACAAAAUUUCAAUCAGAAAGUUGGUGAAAUAACCGAUUUGGUGAAAGAUUUUGAUGACAACAUGAAUGCCGACAUGAAGAAUGCGUUCGAUGCAAAUAAGGAAGCCAACCAAAAUGACAAUGUUGAAGCAAUACUGGAAAAACAGAACGCAAUAUUAGCAGUUCAAUUGAAUAAACAGAAGGAAAUGUUCGAGGCAAAGAACAUUGAAAUGGAAAAAUCGUUCAAGGAUACAUUGAUGCGCACAGUGUCCGAAACAAAAAAGAAAACAUGGUGUCAUCAUUGCUGGAAUGAAGUCACAUUCAAAUGCACAGUAAAUCCACCAGCGUGCAGUAUUUCGUGCUUGAAGGAAUUAAUGAAAUUCGAACCCUUUGCAUCACUCCCUUCAAAUGAUAGCGUUUAUUCCUUAUCAUCAGACACUACCGAAGAUGAACUCAUUGAAGAUAAAACGCUCAAAAAUGGUAACCAUCAGAACGGACAGGAUAUCAAUAAGGAUGCUGUCAAUAAAUCCAGUGGCACCGAUGGAGAAUUCUUUGCUACAGCAUUGACUUACGUUAACCUAUCAGAAUCAUCGGACGCUUCGCAAAUGACUCAAGGCAUGAUAGAAGAUUGAAGAUAACGAUUGACGCAUGCACUUCAAUGAAAAAAUGCAUAGAAUAGUUUUAAGUCGAUUUACAGGACUUUAAUUGAAUA